CAGUAGGAUAUUAACAUUUAACUUAAAGGAUAUCAUAUAUAUUCCAGGAACUGUGAAGACAUUAAAUAUAAGAAAACUAAAAAAUUAUCAUUGAUUAUAAUAUAGUGUGUACACAGUGCUAUGCGAAUUCGCCAUCAUGAGGAACGACGGUUUGAGGUAUCAACUGGAAAAGCUCAAAGAGAACAUGAGAAACAUGUCAUCCCCCAACCUUCUCCGCAAGAUAUCCAUGUCGUCAAAGCAACGCCCAUUCCGUGUGGUUAUCCUUGGACAAAACGGAGUUGGAAAAUCAGCUCUAACCGUGCGAUUCCUGACGAGAAGAUUCAUUGGAGAAUACGACCCUAACUUAGAGAAGACGUACAGCUGUAACAAAUGUAUAGAUGGAGACAACGUCACUAUCGAGGUCCUAGACACAGCAAUACAGGGUGAAAAAAAUAAAACGGAAGAGAACAUCAAGUGGGCAGAUGCUUAUGUGUUAAUGUACUCGGUCACUGACAGCUGUAGUUUCAAUGAGUGUAGCCGAAUCAAGUUCCUUAUAAACUCUUACUGCAAACGAGUGCGUAAGAUGAGCAUGGCGAUGGACAGUGGCCCACAGGGGGCGCCAUGUGUACUGGUUGGAAACCAGAAUGACAGACUACACGACCGAAUGGUCACGGAGGAAGAGGGUAAAUCACGCGCCGUGGAACUUGGCUGUUCUGCCUUUUAUGAAAUAUCGGUGCGGGAAUCAGUAGACAGUGUUUUUAAAAUAUUCGAAGACAUGUAUAUUUAUCACCGGAAGACGAAGAAGUCAAAACCGUUCUUAUACAAACAACAAUCGAUGCCAAGUAUUGUGUUGGAACAAACAGAUUCUGGAGACAGUUCGGAGGGCGAGUCGAGGGUAAGGGGACUGUCUCGAAGGCGGCAAGCUCUUUAUACUAUCAGCUAACGCAACCUUCACUAGAUAUUAUUAGUCAUUAUGAGGGUUCUGACUCCAACAACGGAUACACAUAAUGUCUGUUUGAAUUGUGCAUCAAAGGCUGAAAGGAUAUUGUCUUCACAAAGAGUUCUGCCACAACAGAUGGGCGAGAAUGAUCUUUUGGAUAUAUUUCAGAAAGAGUUGGGACUUUAUGAGGCAUGCUGACAGUUCAGUGGGUAAACAAUAAUGGUUGAAGGUGCUGGAGGUUUCUUGUAGUACAUGUUAUCAAGCACUGAACAUUGUCACUCCUAUUAUUAUGAGUCAAUGGUGCCAGAGCCAUUGGUAUACACCAGACAGUGAGUGAUCCUUUUCAUGGUUCCAGCUCAAAGAAUGAGACAUCAUAUCAUUCAAAUCAAUCAGAGUUACCUCCCUUACUUAUCGUGGGAGAUGUCCGGUGCUCAGAAUGCAAAUGUGAAAAGGUCGACGGAACGAAUUUAGUUAUUUGGUUAUUUUUUUCUGCUUCUUGUAAUUGUAAAGUAAAACACGAUUAUACGAUAUAAUAUCACUGAUAUAUAUUUUGUAUGUUCAUGUUAGUCACGACUACAGUAGACCAUGAACUUUUCCACAACUACAGACCUUUAUAAUCUUCUGAGAACCGAUACAGAACUACUUAUAAGCUGUACACACAAAACUUUCUAAACAUCUACACAUUCACUUUUUAUAAAUAAUUCAUGAACCUCUAUAUCAACAUGAGUAAAAUCUCGCUUGUCUGAUUUGGUUUUCAACUGUCAAAUUUGUCAACACACUGUACAUGUUUUUCAUGAUUACAUAAACCAAACAUUCUUAAAAUGUUGAAAUAAAUUGUCCCCAGUGCAAUGGAAAGCAGUAUAUAAUUUUUUAAAUCGUAUUAUCAAUUGCACAUAAUAUUUAGCAUUGAAAGAGUAUAUAUGUAUAUAUAUAUGAGAGAGAGAGAGAGAGAGAGAGAGA